CAGCGGCAACCUCUGAUUGGCAGCUAAGGUGUUCACUCCCUAUCGCCUGCUCCAGCAAAAACCGAAGCAGCCAAUCAGAGCAAAGGAGUGAUAGGAACGAUCCAAUCCUGGGCCCCGGCUGAGGUCGGGGGCGGAGACAAGUGGCCCAUAUGGACUCAGGUCUGGAGCUGUCGGGAAGGACUACUGCUGCAGUGCUAAGAGUCCCGUCGCCAGCAAAAAUACCCUCUCUGCUUUGAGGAGAGUCAUGAGCCGUUUCCUGAAUGUGUUACGAAGCUGGCUGGUCAUAGUGUCCAUCAUAGCCAUGGGGAACACGCUUCAGAGCUUCCGAGACCAUACCUUUCUCUAUGAAAAGCUGUACACUGGCAAGCCAAACCUCGUGAAUGGCCUGCAAGCCCGGACCUUUGGGAUCUGGACACUGCUCUCCUCAGUGAUUCGCUGCCUCUGUGCCAUUGACAUUCACAACAAGACGCUCUACCAUAUCACGCUGUGGACCUUCCUGCUUGCCCUGGGACACUUCCUCUCCGAGUUGUUUGUGUUUGGAACUGCAGCUCCCACAAUUGGCGUCCUGGCACCUCUGAUGGUGGCAAGUUUCUCAAUCCUGGGAAUGCUGGUCGGGCUCCAGUACCUAGAAGCAGAACCAGUAUCCAGACAGAAGAAAAGGAAUUAAGUCAGUUGGCACCGCCUCCUCCAAGGACUGUGAAACUCAAAGCUGCUGUCCACCCAGAGCAACGGGACCAAGGGCUGCUUCACCGCUGGUCUCCACACACCAGGCUCCUCUGCUGUGGACCCAACACUCAGCCAUCCAAGGGAUGCGCAGUUCUUCCAAUGCAGGCUCCACUCUGUGUGAGCAGGCUGUGGUGGCUCUUUAAUCUAGAGGUAGUUGAAGAAUGAAAGGGUCUGGGCUGUUUUUAGACUUUAUGGUCACCUGUAUUUGUGAAACAAAUUUUGUAAUAAAUAGAAAAACCCUUU